AUGAACCAGACGCCAUAUUUGGUUGAUAUUCUGGGAAGCGAAUUACGGACUUCGCGCAGACUCUGGGAGGAUCCCGAACGUCUUUGGUUCCUAGGACCUAGGUUGCAUAUCGUGCCUUUGGACCACGAUAAAGCUUUGGAGCAGAAUACACCCUCAUCCUCAUACAUCUCGUCAUAUUUGCUUUAUGAUGCUUGUUCUCCCGCUCAGAACACGAUCAUUCGAGCGCUUAGCUUGUCACCACAGCUGAGUACAGGGCAAACUAUUAAGCACACAACCGAUUCGGUGCUUGCAUUGAAGUCGCAUGUAAAGAGUCUGGAGCAUCGUCCUGUGGCUAGAAGCAAGCAUGCUGCGGAGCGCUUGAUUGAACGCAGUUCCCCUCCUGCUAUUAAUAGCCCUCCUCAAUUCACUUGCGCAGGGGACUUGCGCGGGGGCUGCGGCACGAAGAAGACUGAUGCCACGAGCAGCGCAAGUCCCUCAAGAAUUGAGGAUCAGACUUGCAGCAAGGAUUGA